UCGUGAAUGCAGGCAAUCACGAAGCAGAACCUUGAAAUGCUGCACCGCUCAUUCGCACGCACCCACUCCUCUGUCCCUCGCUGCGCUUCACCUUUGUCAGACGUGAGUCACGCUCCACAUCCGCCCGCCUCGAUUGCUCGACGAUAGCGAUCACAGCUCGAAGGUCAUCGACCAUCCCAGAGGGGUUGACAAGCUUGGCAAGAGGCGCCUUGUAAUUGGCACUCCGGCUUCCAGCGACCAGCAGCCUAACUUCAACCAGCGGUUCGGCUCACUCUUGAAAGGUACAAGACCUCGCAAGGUCACACGGAAGGCUUGCGCAACUCUUUUUGGUCCCCCACUGGUGAAUCAAGCAUCCUAAAUCUUCCAAAGCCUGAACGGAUCGAGCUAUCUUUCUGCCACAGGUGCGAAGAACACCGCGCGCAGCGCAUACAUCCGUCAAAAUGAGCGCAGAAGCCGGUCCAUCGCGAAGACCAGCGGUCGCAGGAGGCGCCACCUCCCUGCUGGCCUCACCUCCCUCAUCCGAGACGCAAACAUCCACCGCAUUCAAUGCCGAAGCCUCGCGCUCCAUCGCAUACCGCAGCGCUGAUCGACCUGAAAGCUCGUUGCGAUCUGUUCGAAAAGCGGUGGCACCGCCGGCAUGGUUACAUUUCGCAGCAGGAGGCGCAGGAGGCAUGUGCGGUGCCAUCGUGACGUCGCCCUUGGACGUAGUCAAGACUCGUCUACAGUCCGACUUGUAUCGAACCAAAGCUCACAACUUGGUCGGCAGCAGCACCACCACCGCAUCUGGCGGAGUGGUCGCGCAGGGAAGAAAGUUGGCCUACCAUUUUGUGGAGACGGGCCACAUCUUGGCCGAGAUUUGGACAAAGGAAGGACCCAGGGCGCUGUUUCGAGGACUUGGACCCACGCUCGUGGGCGCUGUACCGGCCAGAGCCAUCAACUUCUGGACGUAUGGGAACGGCAAGGCGUUGAUAGCGGAGCAUUUGAACGAUGGCAAGGAGACAGCUGCGGUGCAUUUGGCAGCUGCGGCAAAUGCGGGCAUCGUCACUGCAACAGCAACCAACCCGAUCUGGGUCGUCAAGACGAGACUGCAGCUGGAAGCUCACGCUCAGGACGCGGAGCGCGCGUCUCAGAGAAAGGCAGCGGUGACGCCCUCGAGCGCUUCCAAGGCCGCUGUCAGAGGUCUACAGCAAGCUUCAUCCCCUGCCACAUUCUCUACAGCGUCAUCGAGCAGGAGUGUGUCUGCACCGCUCUCAAAGGUCUACUUCAAACCCACACCUGCUCCCAAGAUGAAAGGAGCGACAUCUCUGCAAAUGACGCUUCGCAUCAUCAAGGAAGAGGGAAUCCGAGGAAUGUACAGGGGCAUGUCAGCUAGCUAUCUGGGCGUUGCUGAGGGAACUAUCCAAUGGGUACUCUACGAACGCAUCAAGAGGUGGAAGCCGGCAGGAGAGCGGAGUGCGGAAUCGAGCACGAAAAACAGCAGAUGGAGCAACACCAUUGGAGCUGCGGGCAUUGCAAAGCUCACGGCAAGCCUCAUCACAUACCCACACGAGGUCCUGCGAACCAGGUUAAGACAGCAGCCACCAGCAGGCACGUCCCAGCCCAAGUACACUGGUCUGAAACAGACGCUUAUGCUGGUACUGAAGGAAGAAGGAGCAGCGGCACUGUAUGGAGGCUUGUCGGCUCACCUGCUCAGAGUGGUCCCCAAUGCAGUCAUCAUGUUCAGCGUCUACGAGCUCGCUCUGCACCUUGGAUCUAGAAGCGAUGCUACACAGCAGCAGCAGCAGCGGGCGACGUCUGGUGCUGCAGAUCAUGCUCGGAUAGACGCCGAGAGGAAAGUGUAGCACUGAAGAGAUCUCGCCCUGCCAUCGCUCUUGCGAAGUGGCAAUGCUGGCCCAGCGCUUACCCCGUCAGUCACCACUCAGAGAUUUGAUCGCUCAUGCCUUCUAGAAUACAUGUAUACAAUCUCUUUCACUCACCCAUCCUCACUUUGGAUUGGCAAUCGCAAAGAAAAG